AUGGCGAAAGAUCGGGGACUGUCAGUUCCCUAUGUUAAAUUCAUUGAAUGGGCAUACAAAGGCGAAUAUUCCGACUGUAUCAAUCUCCAUAAGGAAAAGUACGAUGCGACGGCGAUAACGGCAACGACAGGAGAUGAUACUGAUGAUAACCAUCAACUGCUUUGCCAUUUACGACUAUACGUAUUCGCUCAUGUCUACGGAAUCCCCGGCCUUUCGUCAUUGUGCUCAGAUAAGCUUAUUCGAGAGCUUAAAUCGAUCCAACGGCCAGACAACAUGGAUGCGCAGUUAGCCGUAAUCCAGAUGCUCGAUUUAGCCUUCACGAAACUUCCUGUUAAUGAUGGUUUAACGCAGUGGUUUGGCAUGUACACCGCAUGGUGUCUUGAGGAGCUUCGUGUGCAGCCUCAGUUUCAUGACAUUGUUUCCAAUCUGGCAUCACCUAUGGUUCGACACGUCCAGCAGUCAUCCAAAGAGCCUUGGGACUCGCAAGGCUUUCCACGCGGGCUUCCUCGAUAUGAGCCUGCCGCGACUUCUCCCUACGAUGACAGGUGUUACGGCGACGAGGACAAAGCGAGCGAUACAUAA